AUUAUGACGUCAAGGCGUCAAAAGAAUUUGCUUUGGACAUGCAUUGGACGAAAAUAACAUGAGGUUUUCUUGCUUUCCAAAGGCCACCAUCUUUGCACAGAAGGGUAGCAUUAAUGUUACCCCUCCGCCAGGCCAUGAGGAAUCUAAUAACUUUACUAUAGGCGUUAUACGUCCAAUACCCGGUACCCUGUCCUCCUUUACCCAGUAUCCUGGCCCAACAAUAAAUGGCAGCGGUCCACCAUCGUCCACAUCAUCCACAUCAUCGACAAAAUCUAUAGUAUCACCGCCGCCAUCUCAGGCCAAUCAUGUCAAUCAUCUUCCCACGCAUCAAGAACAAUCCAGAUUAGAAAAUGCACCUGCCGCCGAAAAUAAUGAACAGCACGUGAACAAUCCAAGGGAAUUCAAAUGUAUCGAUUUCUAA